AUGUCAUCAGUUCCACAGAGAAAGCCUUGGUGGAAAUUGAAGAAGACAGUACAAGUCACACGAUCCUGUCCAGCCUUCCCUCCCCUGGAUGCCUGGGAAGAAAGCAGGGGCCUCUUGCCUGUGGCUGGGGACCCCAACCCUGGAGUGGUCUUUGGUGUGGAGGAGGGACUGCUCUGCCAAAUGGUGCAUUCUCCAGAAUUCAACCUCUUUCCUAACUCUGUGGUGUUUGAAAGUAACUUUGUCCAGGUCAGGAGGGACAGACACUGGAUAGACAUCUACAAAGCCUCCAACACCACAGCCCUGGGGGUGACCUCCUCCGUGCCCUGCCUGCCCCUUCCCAACAUCCUUCUCAUGGCCAAUGUCAAGUGGCACCAGGGGCAGAGCCAGACAUGGAACAGACCAUCCAUAACCCCAAACAUCAUCCUGAAGAGGAUUCUCCCGUUAAAGUUCGUGGAGCUCCAGGUCUGUGACCGCCUGCAGCGCAUCCUGAGGUUGAGGACGGUCACCGAGAAGAUCUACUACCUGAAGCUGCACCCUGACCACCCUGAGAUCGUGUUCCACUUCUGGAUCCGGCUGGUCCGGAUCUUGCAGAAGGGCCUGUCCAUCACCACCAAGGAUCCUAGGAUUCUUGUCACUCACUGCCUGGUCCCCAAGAACAGGUGCAACGCCUCGGGAGAUGCUAAGGAGAAGCCUCUGGCCUCCCAGCCCAAUGAGAAUCUCAUGCAGCUGAUGGCCAAGGGGGAGAAUAAGGCCCUUUCUCAGAUUUUUGAGGACCUGCACCAGCAGAACCAGUUCAGGAGCAGUAAGAAGAUAGAGACCAACAAAGACAGCCCAGGGAAAUAUUCUUCCUAUGAAGACGGGAUCCCGUGUACCUGGGACCUCAGCUGGAGGGACUCACUGACCUCUGGAGAAUGGGAAAGGGAGAAUCCUUCUUGGCUGCAAUCCCUCUCACUCCUCAGCACACUGGCAGCCUGCACUGGGCCCCAGCUGGCCCCACUCAUAGGAAAUUCUAUCUGA